AGAAACGUUUAUUUACACUACGCUCUCCCGUACAAUGUAAGUGUAGCCUGUAUAUUAUAAAGCCAGCUGUUACUCAACGUCACCUGGAUUACGUUGACUUGGUUCCGCGAAAACCGAUCACUCUCCACUAUUUGUGCAUUAUUUGACGCUAAAUGCCCGUCGAAAGCAGACGGACGGACUCUGGCUUUACAGACGAGGAUAACUUAGAUGGUGAAUUUGAAAACUCAAACGAAGAGGUUUUUAACUUUAUGAAUCCUAACGAAAAAGGUGUGGAUGACGCUCCAUCAGUGAGUGAUGUAUCGUCCACCACAGAAAGUGAUGGCACAAGACCUCAAUCUGUAGGAGAUCGAAUACAAACAGUCGUCAAAGCAAGGAUUGACAACACAAUUGCAUUGGUAAAACUGGGGGUCACAAGAUUUUUCAUUGCAGUGUUUAUUUGGUUGCUUGGAUAUUUCAAUUUCAGCAUAUUAUGGAUUGUGAUUGGUGUCUGGCUAGCCAUAGCCAUAAGUGAACGCAUGAGAAAGCAAAAACAACUAACUGAGGUGCUUAAAAAUACGACAGAAAGUCCGACCAAAUUCAUUGAAACUCUAAAGGAGCUUUACAGAUCGAGAGACGGUCAUUUACCAUCAUGGAUUUAUUUUCCUGAUGUAGAAAAGGCAGAAUGGCUCAAUAAGAUAAUACAACAAGUGUGGCCAUACCUUACCAACUAUGUAAAGAAAGUUAUCUCAGAUGAGGUACAGAGUUCAGUCCAGAACUCGUCAAGCCUUCUGUCAAGCUUUAGUUUUACGGACAUCAACCUGGGCUGCAGAGCGCCUCGUGUGGCAGGAGUAAAGGUCUACGAUGACUCGAUUACUCGGAGAAAUGAAGUUGUCAUGGAUAUACAGAUUGUAUAUGACAGCGAAUGUAACUGUGGGGUGUCAGUGAACAGAUUGCAAGCUGGUAUAUGUGAUUUAAGGUUACGAGGUCUCCUACGUGUUGAGUUCCACCCUCUUAUUGAGGACUUGCCACUUAUUGGAGCUGUUUCUGUAGGAUUUGUAAAUGACCCAUUCAUCGAUUUCGAUCUCACUGAUCUUGCCAACCUCUUUGAUCUUCCGGGAUUUAACUCCUUGCUCCGAGGAGCGAUCUCUGACAGUGUGUGCGGGAUGAUGGUCCUCCCGGAUAAAUACGUCAUAAAGUUGUGUCCGGACAUCGAUAUAAGUCGACUUAGAUUUCCCCUGCCACAGGGCGUGAUUAGGAUUCACGUGAUUGAGGCUCGCAAUUUGGAAGAAAAAGACAAAAAAGUUCUUGGCUUUGGAGGAGGUAGUGACCCCUAUGUUACAGUACAAGUGCUUGGAGGUUCUGAGUUGUACAACCCAAGCAAGUUGGGUCACCGUCAAAAAUUCAAGACAGCCGUCGUCACCCAUAAUUUGAACCCUGUAUGGAAUGAAGUGUUUGAUGUAGUUGUACCUGACGUACCAACAACACAAAUUCAAUUCUCUUUGUUUGAUGAUGAUGGCGCCCUAAACAAGUCAGAUAACUUGGGAAUGUGUUCUAUUCCUGUCAAGUCAGUUUUCAAGCAAGGCAUUAUAGAUGAGUGGGUGCAGCUAUCUGAUGUCAGCACGGGUGCAAUUCAUGUUCGUUUGGAAUUUUAUGAACUUUCCGACAAUCCUAAAGACUUGAAAGGGGCGCUUAACCAUUCUCAUAUGAAUGACAAACUAUUUUCAUCUUUUCUCAAUAUUUACGUCGAUGGAGCACAAAACCUACCAGAAUUUAACCAAGAAUGCUAUGACGCAAACCCCCAGUUGAAAAUUACUUUGCCAGGAAAGGAACCUCUCAAAACUCGGGUUGCCAUGCACACCAACAACCCAGUUUGGGAGGAAAACUUCCAUGUUUUAAUCUCACACCCUGAGUUAGACCUUGUUACUUUUCAAAUGGAAAACGAUCACGGGAACCAGAAUCUUGGUUUCAUGAAAUUCCCGCUGAAACAUCUUCUCCGAGCACAAGACAUGACGAUCGAACAUCCGUUUACUCUCAAAUCAUCAGGUCCCUCAUCUGUUCUUAAUAUGCGACUCACGCUUCGGAUUUUAAAGUUAAAAUCACUGUCAGAGUCACCAGAAGCAAAAUUCACCGUCCACACAAAACCAAAAGAACCUAUGGAUAAUACAGAAAACACAAGCAACUCACCAUCUGUGGAUGCAUCAGAGCCAAGUGAAUCUGGAAGCUCAUUUUCACGAUCUACAGGACCCACUGAGUUUGUUGACCCCACACUCAAGUCGUUUUUUGAGGGGAUUACCCCUUCACCCUCGGGGUUGCGGUCGAACACGUCGCUUGAUAGGACAUCUAGUGCUGCCUCGGAGAUAUCUAAUGUUGGGGAAAUAUCGAACCUGAGAAAACGACUCAACGCAAGGGUACAGAACAGCAACAAUAUUGAAACAAAUGACAAUGGAUUAGGAAGACUGGAGUUGACCAUUCGUUAUUAUAAUAAACAUCUUGUGGUCGUUGUUUUAAGGGCAGCGAAUUUAAUUGUUUGUGAUGAUGAUGAGAAAACAUCGGACCCUUACGUUCGAGUUUACAUACUCCCUGAUAAGCGAUCGCGAAAGAAAACUAAGGUCAUCAAAAACAACCUAAACCCAGUAUGGGACCAAAGACUAGAAUUUGAUGUUUCAAAAAGUGAAGUGAUGCACAAAAAACUUCACGUCUCCGUGAAAAAUCAAACUGGAUUUCUGUCAUCAGAGAAAGUAUUAAUGGGCCAAGUGAUUGUUGACCUUUCAAAACUUGAUUUGCACCAGCCUACCACUGAAUGGUAUAAUCUUCAGGUUGCAACUUGAUUUGAUCUUCACGGACAUCAGUUAAAUAUAUUUUUAUUGCCAAGUAUUAAACUUAUAUUGGUGAAAUAAUAGUAUUCCUGUAAAACUUGCAUUUUUUCCAUCUGUAAUUGCACUUUUUUUGCAACAUACUAAACUGGUCAUAUUUCUUUAACACUGCAUAUUUUUCUGUUUAUUAUUUCAUUCAGCACACUACCAUUAAAAUGUCUAUUUUGUACCGAUUCUGUAAGGUCUAACCUGCAUUUACACUUGUCUUUACUAUAUAUAAAACUCACAUAAAUUUUCCAGCAACUGGCAGUGCUAAUUUUUUGUUCCCAAGUAACAAAUAUAUUGUUGUUUUUUUCGGUUCUAUUUAUCAUUUUAAUAAAAGUUUUAUUAACAA